CAGUCAAUCACCCGUUGGCUUUGCUGCGCUUGACUCCAUCGCACGGGCGUGCACCAGCAGACCACUUGCCCUUUCGCUUCUUCCUCUGCACUGACGGCCCGUCCGCUCAGCAUUAGCCUCCCGUAGUGGGCCGCACGCGGACACUGCCUCCGAAUCCUCUCAGGCUCAGGAAAUCUGUGUCUGACCUUCAGCCCCCAAGGUCCAUCCGGGGAACGCCACAUUGAUGAAUCGCUACCCCGGCCCUGUCCUCCCUCUGGAGCUCUACGAGUAUACUGUCAGCCUGCUCUCCUGUGAAGACGACGACGCUACGACGCUCUACGCGUGCUGUCUGCUCUGCCGCACGCUGCUCCCGGCGAGUCGUCGGGCCCUGUAUCGUAGCAUCUGGAUAUGCAGCCGGCGGCGUCUGACAUUGCUCGCGCGUGUUCUUCGCGACCCUCGCACCAGUGGCCACCUCAGCUGGCUGCGUGAGCUCCAUCUCUACGUACACGACAGCAGCGAGCCUGCCUCUGAGCACGAAGGUAUUGGCGCGACGAGUGACAGCGACAGUAGUGGUUCGGAUUCCGAGGACGACGGCGCCGCGGCGGCGGGCGGGGAGAUGUGGCCGACUAUUCCUGGACUCGAUGCGACUACUUUCCCGGACAACGUCGACGCCCCGGUGUGGUCGCCGCUCAAUAGAACGUUCGCACACCUGCUGCCCUCUCUGCUCAAGGCUGCCAUCCACAAUGUCAGCUUCCUUGAGCUACGGAAGGAGCUCACUAGUCCCAGUGUGUUCACCACACCGUUUGUCUCAGUCACUACCGUGCUUCUCUCACAACACACCGUCAAGCGGUUCUUCCACUUGCAGGACGUGCUUUCGGGACUGCCCGCGCUGACUGAGGUUCAUCUGGACGGCGUACUGUGCUCUGAGCGAAAUCUGUCCUGGAGGCAGAAUCAUGGAGAUGAGGAUAGCAUCACGCCCACGCAUCUGUCCAUUCUGACCAUGCGCAACUGCGAUGCUCACGUUGCUGAUGCGCUCCUUACGUGGAUCGUCGACUCGUCUCGCUGCCAGUCUCUUCGCCACCUCUCUGUCUGCCGGACCCUCUGGAGGACACACCGCCCGCAAGCUGCCACGCUGCACCGUUUCCUGGAGAAUGCGCUCAAUCUCGACGUCCUGCACAUCAACCUGGAUGACUACGCGAACCAACGCCUCGUGCUCGCGGCGCCCGCCCUGCGCGUGCUGCAGCUGGACUACACGCGGGCCUUCACCGCCAACAUCGACAAGCUCGUGGCCCUCCUGGACAGCACCGCCUGCGCCUCCCUGCGCGCCCUGCGCAUCGCCGUCGACUUCAGCACGCCCCGGGCCUUCAACCACUGGGCCGCCGUCGCCGCGGCGCUCGAGCGCCCGCACUUCCGCCGCCUCGCGCACCUGCAGAUCACGCACGUCCUCCCCGCAGGCGCGGACGCGGCGGCCGCGCAGCGGCUCGAGCAGGACAUGCGCAGGCAUCUCCGCCGCGUGCCUGCGCACGUCGCCCUGGGCGUCGCGGCGGACCCGUGCCCGCGGCGCACGCGCAGCGAGCUCGACGUGUGGCACCGGGAGCGCGUGCAGCUGCUCGACCCGGAUGGGCGCGAGGCGGACGUGCGCGCGCGGCGCUUCCGUGACGAGGAGAACUGGCCGUACGUGCUUGCGUGCUGGAGGAACUCGAGGGGGAGACAGCCGACAAGGCCCUCAAGGUUGUCACAAGUCUGGACCCCGGAUGACUGA